CGCAGGGAGACGCGAGGUCAAAAUAAUGCGCGGCUCGGCGCUAAGCGAGCAAGCUCCCUGGAGCUUCAACCUCCAGAUCAAUCCUGCAGCUUCGAUACACGGAGCUACCAGAGAAGAAUUGUCAAGAUGGAUGUCGACGAAGAUGAUGAUUUCUAUGCGCCCGAGGAGAGCACGGAGGAAAGCGGAGGGCAACAACAGAAGGUCGAAGAGGCGACAGAAUCGAAUAAUCAAGCAGAGCAGGAAGACGAAGAUCUAGAGGAAGGCGAGGAGGAAGACGAGGCGGAUUCAGAUGACUCAGACAUAGAUAUCAUCACAGAACGAAAAGAUGGAUCCGCACCUACCCCAGCCCCUCCACCGCAGGCAAAAUAUAAUGAUAUUCGAAACAUUGGACAGCGGACGGGUCCGAGUGAUGUGAUAUCCAAGCCAGCAGCCAAGAAGGAGACGCCGACCAAGGGGGCAACACAAGUUUCCGGAGCGGAUCUCCCAGGCAUAUCGACAUCGAAAGUCGAUGUGAAUGCUAAGCCCAUGUAUGAGCCUGCUGGGAAACCUAUAACACAAGUCAAUAUCGACGAAGAUCUACCUGAAAAUGACAAGCCGUGGCGACGACCCGGUACCGAUAUCAGCGACUAUUUCAACUACGGAUUCGAUGAGUUUACAUGGGCUCUCUACGCAAGCAAGCAAGACGCUCUACGGUCUGAAUACAGCCAAGAGAAGAUCGCCCAGAACAACAAGAAGAUGUUUGAAGAUAUGAAUAUGAUGAUGGCCAUGGGAGCGAUGCCUGGAAUGAUGCCAGGAGCUGCACCAGGGGCUCAGAUGCCUGGCAUGGAAGGCAUCCCACCCGAGAUGCAAGCUAUGAUGCAACAAAUGAUGGCUUCAGGCGUUGAUCCAAGUCAAAUGGACCCUCAAGCCAUGUUUGCAGCUAUGCAAGGUGCCCAAUCUGGCGCUGCUGGAGCCGCAGGAGCUCAGGGUGGUAAUCAGGGUCAAGGUUUUGGAGCUCAGGGAGGAUUUGGUCAAGGUCAAAACCAAUACGGCUACGAUCAACCACAGCAGGGCAACCGUGGAGGAGGGAACUUUGGUAGAGGUCGUGGGCGGAGAGGCGGAUGGUGAUGCUAUGGACUCAACAAAAACCGGCGUUCCUUCGGCUUUACAAACGAAAUGGAGUUCAGGGGUCUGGACGCUGCAUGGCCGUAUCAAGAAACAGCGGCUUUUCAUCCGUCAACUUGUCAGUGCGUACUUAAUUGCUCCAGAAGUACUUGGAAGAGCAAGCCUCAAGUGGUUCUAUGUGAACCAAGCUAGCACCAGGCGUGCUUCACAAACCCGACGGCAACCUGUUAGGUGACCGAAGCACAUUACAUAGCACUUCAGUGAGAAAGCUUGAGUCUCAUUCUGGAAAAGAUGCUGACAAAACCAAUAAAAGUCUUUCAAUAUCUC